AUCUGUUUGGCGACGUUGUUUGAAUCGCGUCGUGUGGCUCGUGCCAGUUGAUGUCCUGCCAAUCCAAAAGCAGGCGCAACACCACGGCCACCCACCACAGCGGCAUCACCACGAAUGCUCCAUCUCCGAGCGCGAGCCGCCCCCGACGAACUGUUCCACGUCCUUCCUGAACGCGUCGUGACGGGAGACCCGAGGUGAUUGCACCCCCACGAGGAAGCUGCACAACGACGCGACACGGAGAGCUGGGCCCCUGGCAGAAGCGGUGACCAGCUUGCGGCCCCCACCCACGCCUACACCGGGGCAAGCUGCACCACCUUUGAUCACUAGCUAUCCACCCGUAUCGUGAAUUUCUGGGAGGGGAGACGGCCGAAGGAGACAAGAUGACGGAAUCCCUGCACAACGCGCCCAUAGUUCUGGACAACGGGUCCGGCACGAUACGAGCCGGCUUCGCUGGCGACGACCUGCCGAAAUGCUACUUCCCUUCCUUCGUGGGACGGCCCAAGCACCUCAGGGUACUCGCUGGCGCAUUGGAGGGUGAGGUCUUCAUCGGGCAGAAGGCCGCCACGGAGCUCAGGGGGCUGCUGAAGAUCCGGUACCCCCUGGAGCAUGGCAUUGUCACCGACUGGGACGACAUGGAGAAGAUCUGGGGAUACGUGUACGAUGAGGGUCUGAAGACGCUGAGUGAGGAGCACCCGGUCCUCCUCACAGAACCGCCGCUCAACCCACGGAGCAACCGGGACACGGCCGCCCAGAUCCUCUUCGAGACGUUCAACGUACCCGCGCUCUAUACAUCCAUACAAGCCGUACUGUCGUUGUACGCAUCGGGACGGACGACAGGUAUCGUGCUUGAUGCCGGCGACGGCGUGUCACACGCGGUGCCAGUGUACGAGGGGUUUGCCAUCACAAACAGCAUCCAGAGAAUUGACGUCGCCGGCCGCGAUAUAACAGAGUACUUGCAGACGCUGCUGCGGAAGAGCGGCUACGUGUUCCACACGAGCGCGGAGAAGGAGGUCGUCAGGCACAUCAAGGAGGCGGUCACGUACGUGGCGCAUGACCCGAGGAAGGAGGAGAAGGACUGGGCGCAGAUCAAGCUGGAUCAGAACAAAGUCGUCGAGUAUACGCUGCCGGACGGCAACAAGAUGAAGAUCGGCGCUGAACGGUUCAGGGCACCCGAGAUCCUGUUCGACCCGGAGAUUAUCGGCCUUGAGUACCCAGGUGUGCACCAGAUCGUGGUCGACUCAAUCAACAGGACCGACCUGGACCUCCGCAAAGCGCUGUAUUCCAAUAUCGUGCUCUCCGGCGGCAGCACGCUCACCAAGGGCUUCGGUGACCGCCUGCUGACCGAGGUGCAGAGGCUGGCCGUCAAGGACAUGCGUAUAAAGAUCUUUGCGCCGCCCGAGAGGAAGUAUUCGACCUGGAUCGGCGGCAGUAUUCUGGCCGGCCUAAGCACAUUCAGGAAGAUGUGGGUCAGCAUUGACGACUGGCAUGAGAACCCGGACAUAAUCCACACCAAGUUCACAUGAACGAGAGCAAGGAUUGCUUUGGUGUUCGGACAAACAGAGUACAGGAAGAUGCCUGCGGAAUGAGACAUGUCAUAAAAUACAAGAAAGCGAGCGCGUAUUCAUGUUGCCUGCGGUUGGGCGGUUAUCGAAAUGUUGCGGGGGAGAUAGUUGGCGGUGGGUAGCGACUCGCAACCAGAGGCAUUUACUGCUACAGUAUCCGGAGUUGCAAUCUCACUAUAGAUGGAGAAAUGAUACCCAUGGAUGACGAAAGA